AUGUAUGACGAAAGCAGCAGCAGCAGCAAUAGUAAUAGCAGCAAAGAGUUGACAGACUCGAAGCAUUACGAUGCAGUCUUUAAUGAUCUGAUGCAAGAAUGCAAGCAUAGUGCCCCGGGUGCACGCCUCUCUGCAAAGUUGCGGACAGCUUUAGAAAGGAUGCCCCCGGAGGAGCGUCGCGCCGUGUGCAGUCGGACGCGCGAGGGCUGCGCUCCGCUGUUCGUGGCGUGUCGGCGAGGGAACGUGGAGCUGGUGGAGUACCUGGUGCACGUGUGCGCGGCCGAGCUGGAGCAGCGCGGGGUGUACGAGGUGCCGCACGACCGCUCCACGCACUCCGUCACGCCGCUGUGGUGCGCCGCCGUGGCCGGCCGCCUCGAGGUGCUGCGCGCGCUGGCCGACGCCGGGGCCGACCUGGACGCGGGCAGCGACAGCGGCUCCACCCCCGUGCGCUCGGCCUGCUUCAUGACGCACCUGGACGUGGUGCGCUUCCUGGUGGAGCGCGGCGCGGACAUCCACCGCGCCAACCACAACGGCGGCACGUGCCUCAUCAACUCGGUGCAGUCCGUGCCGCUGUGCGCCUUCCUGCUGGAGCGGGGCGCGCACGUGGACGCCCGCGACAUGCAGCACAAGACGGCGCUGCACUACGCCAUCCAGGAGCACCGGCUGGAGACGGCGCGCCUGCUGCUGGACCGCGGCGCCUCUCCCCACCUGCGCUCGCGGGCCGGCGACGACGCGCUGCGCACGGCCUGCCUCAAGGGAGCGGCGCAGAUCGCGGCCCUGCUGCUGUCCCGCGUGCGCUACUCGCCGGCGCGGACGGCCGACGCGUACGAGCUGUUGGGCGCCACGCAGCUGGACGAGUUCAACGACGUGGAGGCCGCGCUGGGCUCCUGGCGGCGCGCUACGGCCGUGCGGCACGCGGGCGGCGGGUACGUGGAGAAGACCGGCGACCCGCUGGACGAGCGGGCGGCGGGCGCGCUGGGCGGGGCGCGGGAGUGGCGCUCGGCCGAGGAGCUGGAGCAGCUGGCCACGGACGUGGACGCGCUCCGCACGCAGGCGCUGCUGGUGGCCGUGCGCGUGCUGGGGGUCGCUCACAAGGACACCGUGUUCCGUCUCAUGUACCGAGGAGCGUCUUACGCCGACGCCUUCCGCUACCAGCGGUGCAUCGAUCUCUGGAGCUGGGCGCUGCAGAUUCGUAUCGAGAAAGAUUCCCUGCUGUACACGGACACGUGCCACACGGCCAGCGCCCUGACCCGCCUGCUGCUGGACGCGGGCGGCGGGCGCCUGGAGCGCGCCAGAGGUCUGCCGCGCCACCAGGACGUGCUGCGCGUGUUCUCCCUGCUGGCCGACCACCUCCCCGAGUGUCGCCGCGCGCUGGUCGCCCGGCCGGUCCACAAGAAGCAGGCGGAGACGUUCGACCGCGCGCUCCGCUGCGUGUCUCACCUGCUGCACCUGCUGCUGCUGACCGCUCGCUCGGAGACUGAACACGAGGAGGUCCGCGCCCGCGUCCGCCGCCUGGUGUCCGCGGACGUCCGCAGCGCCCACACGGGCGACACUCUCCUCCACCUGUGUGUGUCGCGCCUCAACGUGGUCCGCUCCACGUACUUCGCGGACGAGACGGCGGUCCCGCCGGUGUUCCCGAGCGUGAAGGUCGUGUCGCUGCUGCUGUCGUGCGGCGCGGACGCCCGCGUCCGUAACGAGGCGCGCUCCACGCCGCUGCACGUGGCCGCCAUCCCGUACAACUUCUCGACGCAGCUGGUGGACACGCUGCUGGCGGGCGGCGCGCACCUCGACCAGCCCAACAGGUUCGGGGACUCGGCCGCCGAGCUGGUGGCGCUCAACCGGGGCUCGCGGGUGCGCGUGCUGCGCCACGUGUCGCUGGCCUGCCUGGCGGCGCGCGCGCUGCUGGCGGCCCGGCGGGAGGUGGCGCCGCACGCGCUGCCCAGGACGCUGCACGCCUUCCUCGACCUGCACCGACCAUGA